AUGCUGGCUGCCACGGCGUCGGUUGGGCCGGUCAGCUGGCUGCUGCAGCUUGGGGCCCACACCAUGCGCUCUGCAUCAUCUGCGGGGGAGCCGUCCUUCAUCUUCUCGUUGGUGGAUGAGAAGAAUCCAGAGCUAUUCUAUUGCGUGGUCAUGCGCAAGGACACCCCCAAGGAUGAGAUCACCAUGCUGCAGGACAUCCUCGGAAGGCUCACCACCUUCCACACUGCGCGCCCCAAGGGCCCCGGCCUGCCGCAGGUCAACACCAGCCAGAUCAACGAGGUUCUGCGCAAGGGGGCCGAGGACACGAGCCUGCUGCUGAAGAUGGCAGGGGAGGGCGCGAGGGAGGCGUUCCAGCGGGCGGCUGAGAUGCACAAGAAGUAUGCGCCGGCCCCCAAGGAGCAGCCGCUGGAGGUUGACUCGGCGCUGAGGGACAAGAUCGCCAAGUCUAAGCAGGCGACCGCGGCGGGCGCCGCCGUGGCGCGCGGCGUGGCGACCGGCAUGCAGGCUGCCACUGUGGAGAUUGGGGCGUCCCUUAUGAACGUGGGGAGCGGUGGCAAGAACACGCCGAAGGCUGGCGGCAGCAGUGGCGGCGAUGGCGGCGGCGGCGGCGGCAGCGGCAGUGGUAGCGGCGGCAGCGGCUUGAUGGCACGGCCAGAGGUCAAGGCCGCGGGUGGUGUUGGCAUGGAGAUUCUACGGGACGUGGCGGCGGUGCGGGACGCUUUAGUCAACUCUGUUGGUGCUGCCUGGGGCGGCUUCAAGGUCGCCACAGUGGACGUGUUUGAGCACCAGUACGGGGCGCAGGCUGGCGGCACCGUUGCAGACUCCUGCGACGUGGUGGAGGGCAUUGCCAGUAUGGGGAUGGCGAUGAAGCUGACUCAGCCGACACAGGUGCUGCUAACCAGCACCAAGGAGACGGUGGAGGGCGCCACAGCCAAGGCCAGCGGGAAGGAUGGCCACCUGUCUCAGGGGCAGCUGGCGGCCGAGAAAGCGGCCCUUGAGCUCGAGAGGGCCAAGUUCGAGUUGGAGAAGGCAGCGCUUGAGAAGGCCAAGCAGGACGCGGCGAGCGCCGCCGGCGGCCAGAAGAAGGGGCCGUUCGGGCUGCCAUUCGCUUUCGGCGGGAAGUGA